AUGCCCACCGUGACCCUGACCCAGGCGCCCUUGCCUUCCACCUCGUCCACCUCCACGCCGUCGCCACCAAGAAAGAAACGGGCGAAUUCUCGGCAACAAGCAUGGCACGACGGCGCGGACAAGCAACAAGGGAGAGGCAAGAGCAGGAAGGCAAGAGCAGGAGGGGUCAAGAAAGACCCGCCGCCGCUGAUACGCAAGGUCGGGCUCGCGGCUCAGAUCUACGGCAUCCAGGGCGUCAUGGGCACGGUGGUGUGGUUCCAGGGCUGGCGGGAGUGGCUGUACCCCCCAAAUGGCGGGCCGGACAUCGUUAAGGCUUAUGAGUGUCGGCCGGGCAUGGGCGUGCGCAUUUUCUUCCCCAAGAGCUUUGACCUGACCUCCCCACAAACACUCCCCACCAUUCUGACGGUCCACGGCGGCGGCUUUUGUGUCGGCACAAGCCGCGACGACGACGAGUGGAACAGGCGCGUAGCAGACUCGCAAAACAUGCUCGUCAUCAGUCUGCCCUACUCCAAGGCCCCGCGCGCGCCGUUUCCUGCGGGGCUGGACGACCUCGAGGCUCUGUACCUAGCCGUGCUGGCCGACGAGAGCCUGCCCAUUGAUCGGACCUCGAGCUCAAACAGAAGCAAAGGCAGAAGCGGGAGGGCGGGGCGCGGGGCCGGGGCGAGGGGCAGAGUCGCACUGGCGGGCUUCGACGCCGGUGCCAACCUCGCGCUCGCCCUCAGCCAGCUGCCAGCCGUGCAGAAGAGCGCAGCGCCGCCGACGGCCGUGGUCAGCAUCUCGGGGAUCCUGGACCUGUCGCGCCCGCUCGAGGCCAAGGCGCGCGGCCGGCCGUACAAACCGGGCUUGCCGCACCCGCGCAACGGUGCCGCGGACGUGCUGGCGGCGACGUACUCGGCGUACGCGUGGAGCUACGUUCCGUACGGGGAGGACCUUCGCGAUCCCUUGCUGAGCCCCGCGUUUGCGGGGUGGGAUGGCGACGGUGAUGAUGAAGGUGCGCUGCCGCCUCAUGUCUGCCUCGUCGGCGCGGAGCUGGACCUCCUCGCGCACGAGAGCUGGCGCAUGGCGUGCCGGCUCGUGCAGGAGGGCGGGAUCCGGCGCGGGGACGGGCGGAGGGCGCGGUGGAGGGUUCCGGACCCUGACGCCGCCGGGGACAAGACGCAGUCUGUGUGCGGGCGGGAGCAGCUGAGCGCCGUGAAGGGGUCGCUGGAGAUGGAGGACCUAUCUUUGUCUGCGCGGGAGGACGAGGACGGGCUGGGCGGGCGGAAGAGGUUUGGGUUCGAGGUUACUUGGUCCUCUGGGGACGAUGACGGCGGUGGGGCGGGCGGGGACGAGGAUGGGAGUGUGAGGUGGAUCCUUGUGCCGGAUGUGAUGCAUGGUUUUGAUCGGUCGCUUUGGAGGUACGGUGGCGAGGAGACGGCCAGGGAUGCUGAGCUCAAGACUGUUGCUUAUAUCGACACUGUGGGAAAGUGGCUGCGCGAUACCGUGUGGAAGAUCUAA